AUGACGUCGGACCGCGCCGAGCUCGAGACGGCUGUGCUCCAAGCGCUCGACUCGCUCUACAACACGCGCGCGACGGACCCGCAGGCGACACAGGCAGCCGACACAUUCCUGCGCGGGUUCCAGCUCACGCCCGCGGCGUUUGCCGUCUGUACGUCGCUGCUGGACCGAUCGCUGGCGCGCCCCGAGCCGCAGGUUCGAAGUGGGGCACUUUCUCCGGACAGCGUGCCAGUGGUCUUUUUUGCUGCCCAGACAUUGGCUAAAAAGCUGCGGCGGGCGGUGGCCAAUGUGGACGCUUCGUUCUGGACGCAGCGCAUCGUAACCUGGUUAUGCGGCCGUACCCACGUGCCCAAGAUGGUGGGUACACAGCUGCUGCUCGCUCUUGUCGCAGCGUUGCCGCAUCUGCCUGCCCAAGAGCUAAACACGAGCGUUCGUCACGAUGCGUCGGUCGUGUUGGGUCAAGACAUUGUCACGUUGGUCCGAGAGGGAUCCGCUCAGUGUGCGGGACAGAGUGUCGUGGGGUACGCACUGGUCCACUUGGCCCAACUUGGCGUACCCCCAAUGGUACUUGCUGAGUUUCUGCUGCUGCUGGCUGAAGAAGUGGGCGCUCUGACCGAACGCAGUGCUCGCCAGAGGAUGCAGAACGAGGUCGACGUCUGGGCACCCGUCGUGAUGGGCAAAGUGCUGCCUCAAUUGAUGCACGAAGCCAGUACCGUGACAAGCAGCAGCAGCAGUUCUUCACAUGCACUGGAGACACAGGAGACGGUGUUGCGUGCCUUGACGAGCUGGUUUGGGUACGUCCGCGUCCCUGCUGAGGUUGUGGUUCGCAAUCCAUUGUUGCACUCGUUACUGGACUUUUUAGGCCGCGACGAGUUGUUUGACAUUGCUGUGGAUCUAGCAGUGGAAGUGGUGAAGUCGUGCUCGCACGAAAAAGAGGUGGUGCAGUGGCUGGCUCCAAGGUUGUUGUCGUUACGGGGAGCGUUUGCCGCUGCAGCAGAAGCCGAAGACGUGGACUCGUGCCUGGGGCUUUGUCGCAUUUUUACGGAGAUGGGCGAGUCGUAUCUUGAGUUGCUGCUGCAACAACAUGGAGCUGGAGACGACCACGUGGCUUUAGUGGAUUUGCUGCUAGACUGCAUGGGCUACCCGGAUGCUGAUGUAGCUGAUGUGACGAUCCCGUUUUGGUUCCGACUGCUGGAGGAGUUGCAACGGCGUGCUGCGCCUGCACUUGUGGCGCAGUACAAACCACGGCUGGAGAGACUGGCGGGAUUGUGCAUGCAAAAGCUGCAGUUCCAAACAGAGUUCUUGACGCUGCCUAUCGACAGACAACAGGACUUCAAGGCGUUUCGACAGGAGCUUGGCGACAUCUUGCGUGAUUGCUGUCAGCUGCUAGGUGUUGAGGCAGUCUUGCAGCAUUGUGUGAGUGGGUUGAAGCUGAUCUUCCAGGCGCCACCUGAAGCGAGGAGCUGGCAAGCCGUGGAAGCACAUUUGUAUUGCUUUCGAUCGAUUGCACGUGAAGUCGAGAAGAACACGACCCACGCACAGGCCUUCGACGCACCGAUUACGCUGAUAUUCCAGUACCUCCAGCACUCUGCUGACCACCCGGCGGUCUGCUACACAUCUUGUCUAAUCGUGUCGCGCUAUGCAAAAUGGUUGCGCGCGCAUCCUGCGGCGCUUUCGACUCAGGUGCAAUUUCUUAACACUUGCGUGACCAAAAGCGCGGAGAGCUCUCUUUUCUCCGAAUGGAAGGUUGCACGAGCAGCUGCGUCGGCUGUUCGUGCUCUGGCAAUGGACUGCUGGUCGAUUUUGGGAAGCGAUAUUGUAGCCUUCUACCAGCACAUCGAGCAGCAUGACGUUAUGGCCGUUGAGGACCAAGUGUUGAUUCUUGAGGGCAUCUGUGCUGGCGUCGCGGCUUCCGAAGAUAUGUCGUGCAUCCUCUCCGUGCUAGAUCAGGUGAUGAAGGGCAUUGGCCAGCGACUAGCUGCUCUGUUUGCCUCGGCGUCUGCUAAAGAUCAUGUGGGUGUCGCACUGAACGAGCUCUUGCGGAUCAUGAGUAUUUACGAGUACCUUGUAAUCAGGAAUGCGCACGGAGAGAAGCAUCCACUGGUGAUGCUCACGGAGCAGCUGUGGCCGCUCUUCAACCAGACGCUAGCCUUGUAUCGUGGUCACGAUGAGCUGGUGGAGCUCGUAUGCCGUUGUUAUAAGCGUAUUCUUCGCACUUGUGGCGAGCAAAUUGCGCCUUUGUUGCCACAGCUUGUCAACAACUUGCUGGCAUUUUACCAAGCAGAGCCCAAGUCUUCGUAUCUGUACACUGCGAGCAUGGUGUUAAAGUUCUUUUCGCAUGACCACGGGCAGAGCAACUCAGCGGAGAUGGACACUCUGUUUGCACAUAUGCUGUUUACGUUGAUCGAGACGACGACGCCCAUUUUUGGGUGCAUGAAUGAUAUGGAAGCGCGUCCAGAUGUGGUGGAAGAGUUUUUUUUCCUCAUGGAGCGUGCUGUGCGAUGUGUGCCGCAAGUGCUCGCUGCUCCUGUACCAUCUGCUUCGGAUGGUUCUGGACAAGUAAAUCAGCCACUAAUGAUAAGGGUGUUCUCGUGUGCGGUAUCAGCACUUGGCCUCUCGCACAACGACGCUAAUAAGGCAGUGCUGUGUUUUUUGGAGCAAUUAUACUUGCAGUCUCAAACUGGCAACUCGCGCGUGAAACUUAUCUCAUUGUGUUCGUUGAAUAGCGACGUGCCCGGGGACAGCAACAAGAUGUUGGUCAACUAUCUGCUGCGAGGUGUUGUCCUGGGUGCCAUAUCGCCUGUACGAGUGGACGCAGACUACGGAUCCGUGGCGGGAGUAAUGAUGCAACUAGCGAAAGUUGACGGUUCGCAGUUACAGCAAUGGAUUGCUGAAUGGUUCGAGCAAGCCACGGCGGGAACGUUUGCUACCGCGGUGGUCAAUUUCUUGACACCCGAAGAGGUACUGGAGUUCCAAAGUGAACUUUUUAGCGCUGCUAGCGAACGUGCAUUCCGGCGUACCAUCCGUCAUUUCGGUAAACUUUGCGCUUCGCGGAACACGUUGGUCAAGGCUUGCUAG